GUCGAAAUAAUUUAAGUCCAUAGACAAGAGACAAGGAAGUCACAUCAAUACAGUUAAACAAGCUGAUCAUAUUCUAAAAGUUUAAUAAAUUCUGCAUAUAUUACUUUAAAUAAAAAUGAAACUUUUUUGGUUUUUAAUAUCAUGUGUUUUUGUGAAUAUUUCAACAUAUGAUAUAAACGAUUAUAAAAGGGAUAUGGCCAUUACAAAUGAACACAUCAAGCUAGCUUCUGACAUGUUUAUUAUAACAGAUAAUUUUAAUGAAUGCGGCUUGGAGCAUAUAAUUAAAAACAUUAUUGGAAAUAAUAAUUAUAGUUUGGGAGUUUUGAAUAAUAUGAUCGCUGUACCGGACACUCCACACCUUGGUGACUUCGAGGAAAGUGUAAGAGAUCAAACCGUUUUGCGAGAAAAAAUACAAUAUGAAUUAUAUAUCCCUGUUCCUGAAGUUCCGGAACAAAAUUAUAAAACACUAACUUUGAUACAUCUUGGAGAUCAGAGGAGAAAAUAUACAAGACCAGUUUUAAUAAAUAUAUUCCACCAGGUUAUAGUUGGAUUUAAAGAGCAAUUUCCUUCAGUGUGGAUAUGUCGUUUGAUAGCAUUGUUUACGAGUACGAAAUUCCCAAUGUCAUAUGUGAGAGAUAUUCACACUGGCCCUAAUAAGUGUACCACAUAUGAUGGGUUUUCAUUGCAAACGUACAGACAAAUUGAAGGUGAAUGGUAUCAUUUCGUCAACAAUAUUAAUUUUAUGAAACUUGAGGAAGAGUUUGUUUAUUGAUGUAUUUAUACUUAGUAAUAGUAUAACAUAAUUUAGACCAUGAAUGAAUGGUAUAACUUUUCUACAAUGAUAUAUUACUAUUGUUGUUUUAUUUAGAUAAUAGUUACAUUAUGCAUUAAUAUCCAAGUUGUUAAUUUACAAUUUAAUGUAAUUCAAAAUAAACAGUCUUAGCCACGAUUAUAA